ACGACUUGGCCUCUCAAUUUAAUUUCAAUGCCAACUGCUACGAGCAACGUUUGUUUGCUCGCACACACGCUCUCUUUCAGCUCGCGCUCCGUCACUCUCUAUCUCUCUCUCUCUCUCACUCUUUCUCUUUUGGUGCGAGCUUUCGUCAGCUUUGAUUGAUGCAACGUGGCUCUUGCAGAGCUUCCACUCUCUUGCAGGACUUGGAGCGAAGGAAGUGAUUUGCUGUUCGCUGCUGUUGCUGCCAGUUGAUUGGCAACACGUUUGCCGGAAGGUAGCCAGCGCAGGCAACAGGAAGCCAGCACGAUUGUUAAUAUAAUUCACGAAUCGUUUCGUUAUGCUUCGCGAAGUUUUCGUGUUGCCUCUGUGUCUUUUGAGUGUCUAACAUAUUUAAGAAGCCCCACAAAAUGUGUGCCAAAUUGGAAGAGUGAUUGUCCAGUGCGCAGCCGAGCAUAAAGCAAAAAUCAAGCGCGCGUGCAAAAUGUCGAACCUGUCGAAUGCACCACGACGCGUGGCGCCCGGUGCAGCCACGCCAGUUACCUCGACAACAGCAGCAGAGGCAGAGGCACCAGCAGAGGCAUCAGCAGAGGCAGAGGCAGCAACUCCGAUGGCAAUGGAAGCUGGAGCUUCAGCUGCAGCUGUUGCUCCACCCUUGGCCACAUCUGUGCUAACGGCGCGGUUGAGCGCCGACAACACGGUGACUAGCUGUGCGCUGGCCAUGGAGCAGCCAAUGGCAGCCACAUCCUGCCCGGACUCGCCCAUACGUCGCGUCUCCUCGAGCUUGAAAAACUCUGCACUGGAUUUCGCAUCGCGUUUUUUCAAAAAAUGCAAAGCGGCGACAUUUACUGUGGACGGCGCCACCUACACAAUCGGUGAGUACAUAUCCCAAAUGCGUGAAUCGAAAAAAAAGCGAAAAGAGAAAAAACAACAAUGGCAAACGAAAAUCCGUUCGCCAAUGCUAAAAAUUGGACGAAGGUCAACAAGUGUCUGAUGGCACUAGAGAGAGAGAGGGAGAAAAAAACACGAUGGUUGCCUCUGUAAGGAGAUUUAAAGGAUUCUGCCAGUCAAUUUGGUCUCUAUAUAUUUUUUGCUCCUUUCACGUUGCUCUUCUCAGCGUCGUAUUUUCCUUUGUCUCG